AGCAGCUCACCCUCACUCUGAGGUCUCCGGCUUCUAGGAACAGCUGUAGCUUGGUCUUCCCCACCAUGAACCUCAGACCUAAGGCCACCUCCUCCUGUACCAACGCCAGCACUCUCCAGGUCCUACAGGGGCUGCUACUGCUGUCCCUGCUCCUGGCUACACUCAUCCCCUCGACUGCUGGAGAAACUAAGAGUGUGGACUGUGAGCGGUUCUUGGAACUUCGUUGCAUGUGUACAAAGACUGUCUCUGGCAUUCAUCCAAGUAACAUCCAAAAUUUGGAGGUGCUCAGAGCAGGACCCCACUGUGCCAACGUCGAAGUGAUAGCCAUGCUGAAGAAUGGGAAGAGAAUCUGCCUGGACCCAGAAGCUCCCAAAAUCAAGAGAAUAGUCCAGAAAAUUUUGGAAAGUGCUGAGUGAACGGCAUGACCUGUUCUCGUUCUGUCAAACUCUUUUAUCCCCCACGAAUGGUCGGAGUUUCAAGGCUUGACUCUCUGGAGUUCUUAUUUAUCCAAAAUACCUAUUUACGUUGUAUGAAACUUUGGAUAUGUUUUCUAUUCUGCCUCAAAAAGUCGCAUGGUAUUCUGAGAAGGCUGGUUAAUAGAUCCAAAGAGAAGGCGACAAUAAGCAAACUUACAUUCGAAAUAUAGUGUCUGGUUUAUUCUCUAACUCUUGGUUAAAUGUGGCCCCUUGCUUUGCAUUCCUUUAUUUAAAAUUUUCUUUUCAAAUACUUGCAUGUGUGUUAACUUAUCUGGUUGUACUUUACUGGUUAGACUAGCUAUGCCCAUGAUGAUUAACAGAUUCCAUAAUGGUCAAUGAUAUUAGGAAUUGCACAGAGCCCGGAAUAGAGCAUUUGUUCAAUAAAUGUUUGUUAAUUAAUUUAGGCACAAUUUAGGCACAUAAUAGAGUUUUUCAUUGUCUUAAUCUUAGGAUGUCUUCUUUCAAAGCAUUUUCUGAAAGAGCUUUUAAGUGUUUAUUUUAACCUUCAAACCCCAAAAUAAUAAAGUUGGAUAAUGUGAGCCUUGUAAGCAGAGGUGAUUUAUUUUAAAGAGAAUAUAUUUAAUCCUAGUGGAAUAAAAAAAUAAAUGAUGAAAAACAUUAAUAUUCUCUAUUUUUAAAGAUUUCAGCAUUUUCAAUAAUAAUACUAAUAACAAUACAGGUGUAAUAUGGUGUUAAAUGUUUUAACCAAUCAUGUUUCUAUGUAUUUGCAUUCACUUAAUAUCUGCCUGG